UCUUGCAAGCAAGAAUAAGAUAUUAGAACAUACGUAGAUAAGCCAAGUCCCACCAUUAAAUCCCAAGCCAAGCCGACGCCUCAAGCUCCACCUUUAUCUACUAUUGGUCUCGCUGCUCCAUCGUCCCAUAGAGGACAAAAAGAAACCCAUCGGAGAUGGGAGGCAUGGUUGAUUACAAGGGCCGUCCCAUCUCCCGCUCCGCCACCACCGGCGGCUGGACCUCCGCUCUCUUCAUCAUAGGGGUGGAGACGGCCGAGAGAUUCAGCUACAGCGGCAUCUCCUCCAACCUCAUAAGCUAUCUCACGGGGCCGCUCCGCCAGUCCACGGCAGCCGGUGCGGCCAACGCCAACGCCUGGAGCGGGACGGCCAACAUGCUGCCGAUUUUAGGGGCGGUCGUCGCCGACUCCUGGUUGGGCCGAUAUCGGACGAUCCUCCUCUCUUCUCUCCUCUAUGUCCUGGGUUUAGCCUUGCUUACUCUUUCAGCUGCUCUUCUUUCUCUUGGAUCCUCUGACUGCGAUCUUAGCAAGGGAGAGAUCUCAUCAUGCCCUCCUCCCUCUCCCUUUCAUGUCAUCAUCUUCUUCUUCUCUCUCUACCUCGUUGCUCUGGGACAGGGUGGGCACAAGCCAUGCGUUCAGGCUUUUGGAGCUGAUCAGUUCGACGAUAGAGAUCCCUCAGAGAGCAAAGCAAGGAGUUCAUUUUUUAACUGGUGGUAUGUUGGUAUAUGCUUAGGCUGUGUUGCUGCCUAUAUGGUCCUCAAUUACAUCCAAGACUAUGUUAGUUGGACUGUUGCGUUUGGACUUCAGUGCGCUGCCAUGGCACUUGCACUUGUGGUUUUCAUGCUUGGAACCAAAACUUAUCGCCACCUUGUUUUAGAUGACAAAAGCCCAUUUUUAAGGAUAGCCAAUGUGUAUUUUGAAGUUUUCAGGAAUAGAAAGACUCCUACUACCACAUUUGAUGAAGCUGGAGAGACACCGCUGCUGCAUGAGGAAACUCAAUUUGAGUCUCUGGAUCACAAAGCAGAAGUUACUUCAGUCCAUUAUCAUGUCUCUUCUCCAUCCAAGCAAGUUGAUUCAAUUUGCAUCAAUAGUUUGACUGAGGAAGAGACGCAGACUCUUUUCACAAAGCAAGGCAAUACCAUGGAGAGAGACAUGGGUUUUGGAUAUCAAAUUCCGGCAGCUUCACUGCAACUAUUUUCCAGCAUCGUGGUCGUAGUCUUCGUCCCCAUAUAUGAUCUUGUACUUGUUCCUAUAGGAAGGAUGUUUGCUGGAAAUCCUUCUGGUAUAACAAUGCUGCAGAGAAUUGGUAUUGGGAUGGUGCUCUCUGCUGCUUCGAUGGUAUCGGCAGGGCUAGUAGAGAUGAAGAGGCUGAAAACUGCCAGAGAUUUUGGGCUGGUUGACAUGCCAAAUCUUCCACUCCCAAUGAGUAUAUGGUGGUUGGUUCCUCAGUAUGUUGUUUUUGGAUAUUCAGAUUUUGAGAUUUGUGAGAGUCUCCAUUGA